AUGUCGGACAAGUCCACCGCUGUCGAAGAGGAAUAUGAUGUGCUUCUAUGCCCUGCCCAGUACUCUGCAAAGACAGAUACGCCAGCGGCUAUCUCGAGGUCGUCGCCAGCACAGUGGGAGCUUGUUUACGAGCCAGGUAUCGUCGCAUCCCACCCCCUCUACGGUUCAUCUCCGCCUGCUUGGCCCGUUCUGGCGAAGAAGUGGAUGGGAUGUUGGACGGAGGAUGGAGAAAUAAGAUUGAAAGACGGCGGGCCUGCUUCGCUUCUCAAGUGCUACGCCGCUCCGUUGCUAGUCGUGCUAGGCCAAGCCCGGGCGGGAUAUGCCCGACACUGGAUGACCGUUGGAGUUGGCAUGGACGAAAGGGAAUUUGAGGAGCUCAAGACCACAAUAGGCACAAUUUUUGCGCGUGAUGUGGGCACCGUCGGGGGCCCUGGACGUUGCGUUGCCAAGCUGCGUAUUCGCUGCACCCCUUCAUCUCAGAGCUCGCUCAACGGGAUGGCCCCACGUCGGGUGCGACUCUUCAGCCCGCGCUCAUUAUCGAUGUAA